AUGGCAGCCUUUGUCUCCCACCAAUGGCUGGCUAAGCACCACCCAGACCCGGACCUCAGGCAGAUUCGCAUCCUUCAAGGGGCCCUGAAGCUGCUCUUAACUUCCGAAAGCGGCUCCGUGCCUUUGGACAUCAUGACGGAAGGGUCGGUGCCCAACGCCAAGCCACUUCCCAUGAAGGACUUCCAGGCCAAGCCUUUAUUCCUGUGGUACGACUAUUUCUCCGUGCCGCAACUAGAAGACCGGAAGUUCUACGCGGCCGCGGAUGAGAGAGACGGCUCCCAGCAAGCUCUUGCCAUCAACAGCAUCCCUGCCUACGUCUCCCGGUGCCGCUUUUUCCUGGCUCUUUGUCCUGUGGUCGACUGUCCCUGGGAAGACAAGGUGCUUUCAGCUGCCAGCUGGAGCCGGCGUGGGUGGUGUCGUGUGCCUGGAGACACAAUCUGA